CCGAUUCAUAUCUGUGCCUCGCUCUGAUUUGGAGGAAAGGAUACAGCAACGGCGCUUUCAGUGUCUCGUUUUUCAGUCGCCUUCUGCGUCGCCAGCAAUCGCACAAUUGCAUCCUGCAAAUCCCUGUCGCGCCGUUCUGCCUGCGGCUCUCUCGCUUCGGCUUUGAGGCACGUUGCUCGGCAGCGAACUGCUUCCUCUCCGUCGAAGUGACAUCUCCAAGCUGCAAGUAUAGUCCGUGAUGCGUGGACGUCUGGUUCGUCUCCAGAGGUCCUGAUCCUUGCCGAGGCGCGUGAGUGAGACGCCACAGUCGUCUCCGAAAUCCCCUCUCGCGCUCCGUCGGUGGUGUCGCUCUCUAUGACAAACCCCAAGUCGAUCUUCACAGCACCCGAGGAAUUUCUUCCAGCGUCACGCCAGUCCGCCAUCAAAUCGCCCUCGCGUCGUGUUGCCUCUGCCAACUCGCCGCCGACCUCGCCGUCCCGCGAAGCACCACCACAGCUCAACAAGGGUGAGGGAAAGAGACAGCACGGGACCGUGGCAUGGACGCAAGCCCUCGCAACUGAGCCUCCCCUCGCACCGGGACCUUCUACGACUGUAGCGGCCAGCGGUAGCGACAGGACUGACUUUGUGCCUCCGCCUGCGCAGCUCGCUGGCGUCAAACGCACCUACGACAAGGUCACGCAGCCCGACGACACAUCUUCGCAGCGCCAGCAGCCGCAACACAAGAAGUCCCGGCUAGAGCGCGUCCAUCAAAUCGGCUCUCUGGAGCUCCCGCGACCCCAGCUACAGCAGCAAGCGCCCCCCGGACACCCGCCAUCUCCGCUUUUCUUCUCGAACACGUCGAACGCCCGGCCGCCUCUCCCACCGAGAUUCUCGAGCGGGGAGGCCGCCGAAAGAAUGUUGAGACAGGCGGAUGCGGAAGAGGCCAAAGUCAAGACCGUCAAGCUUGCGAGAGUGCCGUACAACGGGAGCAGUCCGCCGGGCAUUGGGCUUGUGAGCUACAGGAGUACACCAAGCGCCUUGCAAGAUGAGGGCUCGCCUGAGGCUGAGGACAGCAGGGCUCAGUCGUCGCUGUUGUUGAGCCAAGUUGGAGUGGCCGAGUUGCUCGAGCAGGACAGCCGGCCGACAUUGAUAAUUGACCUUAGCGAUGCUGCGAAUUAUGCGCCCGGUGUACUUAGAAUCAUUUUUGCCAAUUCUUCCCUUCGCUCAAAUCCUGCUCUGUAUGAGGCUGUAAGAGGACGACCUUCGGCCGUAUCACCCAAGGCGGAUCCAGCGAAAAGCUUUGCGCUCUUCCAAGCCUGGAUCACUAGCGCCGCGAUCAACGGCGAAUCCUUAGAUGUCGCCCUCCCCCCCUUUGUCCAUGGAGGGGUUUCUUGGUCCUGCUCAACGCUGAGAAAACGUCUGAGAGUUGCAAGCGCAUCCGCCGCCAUCUCCACCCCUCAUUCGACGGGCCCAGCAAGCACGGCUUCGCAGCAUACGAGGAUAUCAAGCGGCGAUGCAAACCCAACGACAAGCACAGGUUCCAUCCAGAAGACGUUGCAGGAGCCCGCUGAUUACUUUGGAAACGCUGUUCCGGAAACACAGGAGCCUACAACCAAGCCAGAACCUUCAUCAGAAGAAGUACCUCCGGCACUGCCCUCCACCGAACUUCAGGAAGCAUCUUCGUCUGCUCGAGAAACCACGCACGAAACAUCACAGAGUGAACCCUUGCCACUGAAUGGCGCGCAAACAAUUGCCCCUUCGGAGAUCUUGUCGUUGGGCAGUCAUCCAUCCUUGACAAAUGAGUGCGUACUCAGUGCUCAUGCAGCGGGUGGUGUUGAUAGAUUCGCUAGUCCCUCCCAAGAGGAUAUCGGCUUCUUCGAUUGGACGCGCCUCCCCUACAGCGAGAACCUACCACGACAUAUCAAAUUUGCGAGAAGCGUUGACUGGGCGUCAACGAGCCUCGGUCCCAUCGAGCUGUGGCCUCCAGAUCUGAGGCAGAUGUGCAACCUUAUCAUGGCGAGUCCGCAUCCGGCUGCUAUGUAUUGGGGGGACGAUCUUGUGGCUAUUUACAAUGAGGCAUACGUGCUUCUUGCAGGGCAAAAGCACCCGAAACUGAUGGGCCAGAGCUAUUCAGAGGCGUGGGCGGAGAUAUGGGACGAGGUCAAGGACGUGUUUGCCAACGCGCGGCAGACGGGUCAAGCUACGAUGAAAGAUGAUGACUGCUUGUUCAUUAAACGAUCGAACUUCCUCGAGGAGACAUAUUUUUCUUGGUCCAUCAUCCCCAUGGUCGGCGUAGACGGCACUGUGACUGGAUUGUACAACCCUGCAUUCGAGAAGACGCGCCGCAAGAUUGUUGAGCGCCGUAUGCUUACGCUGAGGGAAGUUGGCGAGCGCACGGCAACGGCGCGAGAUGUGAAAGGAUUUUGGAAAGCAGUCGGUGAUGCUUUGGAAAUCAACCCCAUGGACACUCCGUUUGUCUUGCUCUACUCCGUGAGCGAGGAAUCGGACAGCGACUCUUCUUCUAUUCAUUCAAGCAGCAUCAUUGGAACCAAGCAAUGCUACCUAGAAAAUGCCUUGGGCAUACCGAAGCACCAUCCGGUCGCGCCAGAGCAGAUUGACCUAAAGAACUCGAUGGAAGGCUUCGGCCCUGUGUUUCGGGAGGUCAUGAAGACGGACAAACCAGUGUUACUUCGGGUCGCUGGGACUGAAGAGGACGAGCCUGUCCUCGGUGCCGAAUAUGACGGACAAGUACUCGGUCAUGAGGUCGUCAUUGAAAAAGGGCCAGAAAUAUCUGCAUCUAUGCUCGAAGGCAUCGACUGGCGAGGCUUUGGGGAUCCAUGCCGCUCCGUCGUAAUUUGCCCUGUCCAUCCUACGACAGGCGAGUCGAUAUUAGGCUUUUUAGUUUUGGGAGUGAACCCACGGCGUCCGUACGAUGACGAUUAUGCUUUAUUCGUUCAGCUUCUUAGUCGACAGCUAGCAACGUCGCUCGCGUCCGUUGUCCUGUUCGAGGAGGAAAUCAGGAGAGGCCAGAGAGCAGCUAAGCUUGCAGCUCUUGACAGAAUCGAGUUAUCAGAACAGCUGGCUGCGAGGACUCAGGAGGCCAGGGACAGUGAAACACGCUUUGCUCGCAUGGCAGAGCUCAGUCCUGCCGCUCUUUUCAUUGCGAACUCGCAAGGCCAAAUCAUCUUCUGCAACGAGGCUUGGUACGAGAUUACUCGUGUGCCAAAAGAUUCAACGAGUACAGAUCGUUGGAUUGACGCGGUCAGCGAAACGGAUCAGCCGCGAGUGCGUCAGCUGUGGUUCGAUCUUGUCGAGAAUUGCAAAGCAUUCACCGCAGAAGUCAGAUUCAAAGCCCAAUGGCACGAUCGACAUGGCACGACUACCGACACAUGGGUCCUUUUCAGCGCCUUUCCUGAAACCUACUCCGAAGCAAUAGUUGCUGGACCCAAAGGGAAACUGAAAUCAGUUUUCGGCAGCUUAACGGACAUCAGCCAGCAAAAAUGGGCAGAAUCCUUCCAGAAGCGGAAAAUGGAGGAGGCUGUCGAACUCAAGCGGCAGCAAGAGAACUUCAUCGACAUCACAAGCCACGAGAUGCGUAACCCGCUGUCUGCGAUCUUGCAGUGCGCCGAUGAGAUCAAGACGAGGCUCAGCGAGUUCAAAGAGUCUCAGGCUACGGAGAUCGAGCAGACCUUAGUUGAUGACAGCAUUGAAGCCGCUCAAACGAUCAUGUUCUGCGCCCAGCAUCAAAAGCAGAUCGUGGAUGAUGUUUUGACACUCAGCAAGCUUGACAGCCAUAUGCUCAUGGUCACGCCAAUUGACGUACAGCCCGUGUCUGUGGUAGAGAGAGCAUUAAAGAUGCACGAGAAUGAGAUCAAAAGCGCCGACAUCACGAUGCGUUUCGUGGUUGACGAGUCGUACAAGGCGUUGGGCAUUGACUGGGUCAGAUUUGAUCCGCAGAGAGUCUUGCAAGUGCUCAUCAAUUUGACGGGCAAUGCCAUCAAGUUUACAGCUGGAAGGGAGACUAGAAUCAUCACAGUCACGAUUGCUGCGUCAGAAGAGAAACCAAGCGGACACAAUCAGCUUGUUGAAUACUUUCCGAGUCGCAAGAAUGAAACCGAACUGUCUUCCUCAGUUGCUAGCGCGGAUUGGGGUACCGGGAAAGAUGUCUAUAUCCAGUUCGCCGUGCAGGACACAGGCCGGGGUUUAAACAUGGAAGAGAAGAAGAUGCUCUUCAUGCGAUUCUCGCAGGCCAGUCCUCGAACGCAUAUUCAGUACGGAGGCAGUGGGCUUGGACUCUUCAUCUCUAGAGAAUUGAGUGAACUGCAAGGAGGAGAGAUCGGUGUCGCAAGCGAAGCUGGUCGAGGCAGUACCUUUGGCUUUUACGUUCGAGCGCGGAGGUCUGCGAAGCCCACCGACACCGAAUCGCAGUUCCCGGAACUCGUAAAGUCACUCACAGCGGAGACGAAGACCAAACGUAGUGGAAGCGUCAGGAGCAAAGAUACGAUGAAAGGAAGUAAGCAAGCAGGUAGAGAAAACAUUGUCCUUCUCAUUGUCGAAGAUAACCUGGUCAAUCAGAAGGUGCUUCAGAAGCAACUGAAGAAUGUGGGCUUCAAGGUAAAUGUCGCCAAUCACGGCGGCGAGUGUUUGGAACAGCUCAAAAAAAGUCAGUUCUGGAAAGACAAGAAUGGCCAAGGCGAACCCCUAAACGUGGUCCUCAUGGAUCAGGAGAUGCCUGUCAUGGAUGGCUUGGAAUGCACCAAGAGAAUCAGGGAAUGGGAGAAGGAUGGAAGCCUUGCCCGACACGUGCCCAUCAUCGGAGUCACUGCGAACGCCAGAGCAGAGCAAAUAGAGACGCUUCUUGUUGCGGGCAUGGACGACGUCGUCUCCAAACCAUUCCGGAUUCCAGAGAUUGUGCCAAAAAUCGAAGAAAUAUGCGAGAAAUUCUCGGCUCAAACUGACGGCCAAAGUGUCGCCGCAAGCUCCGGUUAGCGAGUGCAAAAACAUGACGCAGAGACUUGUACAACAUAGACAUGGGUGGAAGAAUUGCACCCGAUCAAUUAACUUCAGGGAACAUGCACACAUUGUGAUUUUUUUUUGUUCAAUACAAGAGCGAGGGGGUUAGUUUAUAGAAGCAGCAGUACAUACUCUUUUUUUUGUUUUUUUGAAACGAGCAUAGCGCCAAGGUGUGGGUAGACGGUUGGGCGCAAAGUACAUAAAAUGUGAUUUACACGAAGCUCAUUGAGAUGAGGCUCAUAAUCGAAAUCUAAUCAGCAUCUUUACAAGA